AUGCCGUUCGCUGCCCCCUCCUCUUCUUCCACCUCGUCGGUGGCUUCCGACUCUGCCGCCCCUGUGGAGCCAGAGCAUAUGUUCGACAAGGUGGUGACGCCGAGCGAUGUCGGCAAGCUGAACCGCCUUGUGAUCCCCAAGCAGUACGCGGAGAGGUACUUCCCCCUCGAUCCCUUGGCCGCGGACAAGGGCAUCCUGCUGUGCUUCGAGGAUCGUACCGGAAAGCAGUGGCAGUUCCGCUACUCGUACUGGGGCAGCAGCCAAAGCUACGUCAUGACCAAGGGGUGGAGCCGGUUCGUGAAGGACAAGCAGCUCGAAUCCGGAGACACGGUCUCCUUCGGUCGUGCUAGUACAGGAGCGUCGGCCAGGCAUGGUCGCCUCUUCAUUGGAUGGCGCCGGCGGGAACAAACCCAAUGCCGCCCGCCGCUUCCCCUCCCACAGAUCUUCUCUGCUGCCCGGUCGUCGGUACCACAGUGGGGUGGGCUUUUCCCGUUCGCCGUGCCUCCCGUGUACAAUAUGGCUUCGAACCAUGGUCAAUACGGAGGAGGCAGGCCGUAUUCGCCGCCGCAAGUCAGGGUGCAACCCGGCGGCGGAGUGGCGGGGGCGUCAUUACUUCUGGAUUCACCGGCGGUGAUCCGUGGCACGGCGAAGACAAAGCGAGUCAGGUUGUUCGGAGUCGACCUAGAGUGUUCCGAGAGGGAGGAACGUGGAGACACCCGGCGGGAUCUGCAGGUGCUUCUGCUGCCGAAACACUCUGCAAUGGAGGAAUGGAGCUGCUGA